AUGGCGUCUGCCAGGUGGCCUUGCCUCCUUCUGGCCCUGCUCUCCUGCUUGGCGGUCUCCGGCUCUCCCAGAAGCCACUCCCAGCCACUGCAGAAACGGAGCCUCCCAGAAGGGGUGGUUAAUGGCAUCGAGGUCUACAGUACCAAGAUCAGCAGCAAGGUCACCUCCCGCUUUGCGCACAAUGUGGUCACUACACGGGCCGUCAACCGAGCAGACACGGCCAAGGAGGUCUCCUUUGAUGUGGACCUGCCCAAGACCGCCUUCAUCACCAACUUCACCUUGACCAUAGAUGGUGUCACCUACCCUGGGAAUGUCAAAGAGAAGGAAGUUGCCAAGAAGCAGUAUGAAAAGGCCGUGUCUCAGGGCAAGACAGCCGGCUUGGUCAAGGCUUCUGGGAGAAAGCUGGAGAAAUUUACAGUCUCAGUCAAUGUGGCUGCAGGCAGUGAUGUCACCUUUGAGCUAAUCUACGAGGAGCUGCUCAAGAGACACAAAGGCAAGUACGAGAUGUACCUCAAGGUCAAGCCCAAGCAACUGAUCAAGCACUUUGAGAUCCAAGCAGAUAUCUUCGAGCCCCAGGGCAUCAGCAUGCUGGACGCUGAGGCUUCAUUCAUCACCAAUGACCUCCUGGGCAGUGCCCUCACCAAGUCCUUCUCAGGAAAAAAGGGCCACGUAUCCUUCAAGCCCAGCUUGGACCAACAGCGUUCAUGCCCAACCUGUACAGACUCCCUCCUCGAUGGAGAGUUCACCAUCUCCUAUGACGUAAACAGAGAGUCUCCAGCUAACUUACAGAUCGUCAAUGGCUAUUUUGUGCAUUUCUUUGCACCUAAAGACCUUCCUGUGGUGCCAAAGAAUGUGGUCUUCGUGAUUGAUGUCAGUGGCUCCAUGUCUGGUCGGAAAUUAAGUCAGACAAAGGAUGCCCUCCUCAAAAUCCUAGAUGACAUGAAGGAAGACGACUUCCUGAACUUCAUCCUGUUCAGCAGCGAUGUGACCACAUGGAAGGAUAAUUUAGUUCAAGCCAAUUCUGAGAACAUCCAGAAAGCCAAGGAGUUUGUGCGGGGUAUUAAAGAUUUAGGAGCAACCAACAUCAAUGACGGGAUGCUGAGGGGCAUCAACAUGCUGAAGAAGGCCCAGGAGCAGCAAACGUUCCCAAAAAGGAACACCGCCAUUGUCAUCAUGCUGACCGAUGGCGACCCUAAUGUCGGUGAAAGUGACCCUGUAAAAAUCCAAGAGAAUGUGCGGAAGGCCAUUGGGGGCAAGUUCCCCUUAUAUAACCUGGGUUUUGGCAACAAUCUGAAUUAUAAUUUCCUGGAGACUAUGGCCCUGGAAAACAAUGGCUUUGCCCGGCGCAUUUAUGAGGAUUCUGAUGCCAGUUUGCAGUUGCAGGGUUUCUAUGAGGAGAUAGCCAACCCAUUGCUGACAAACGUGGAGGUGGAGUACCCUAACAAUGCCAUCCUGGACCUCACCAAGAACACUUACCAGCAUUUCUAUGAUGGCUCUGAGAUUGUGGUUGCUGGACAACUGGUGGACAAGGACCCGAGCCGUUUCAAGGCGGAUGUGAAGGGCCAUGGGGCUAUCAAUGACCUGACCUUCACAGAGGAGGUGGACAUGAAGGAGAUGGAGAAGGCCCUGAAGGAACAGGACUACAUUUUUGGGAACUACAUAGAACGGCUCUGGGCCUACCUCACCAUUGAGCAGCUGCUGGAUAAACGCAAGAAUGCCCAUGGCGAGGAGAAGGAGAACCUCACAGCUCAGGCUCUGGACCUGUCCCUCAAGUACCACUUUGUGACUCCACUGACCUCCAUGGUGGUGACUAAGCCAGAGGACAAUGAGGACAAGACAGCCAUCGCUGACAAGCCUGGUGAAGGGUCUAUGGAUGCAGCAGUGCUCCCGUCCACAGCCUACCAGGUCAGCUACGAUCCUCCUCAAACACCCUAUUACUACGUGGAUGGGGACCCGCACUUCAUCAUCCAAGUCCCAGAGAAAGAUGAUGCCCUCUGUUUCAACAUCGACGAAGACCCAGGCACAGUGCUGCGCCUCAUUCAGGACCCUGUCACAGGCCUCACAGUUAAUGGGCAGAUCAUUGGUGACAAGACAGGCAGCCCUGACUCUAAUACCAGAAAGACUUAUUUUGGCAAACUGGGCAUUGCCAAUGCGCACAUGGACUCCCGGAUUGAGGUGACACCGGAGAAGAUCACUCUGUGGAAUGGGGCUGCACGGAGCACCUUCAGCUGGCUCGACACAGUUACGAUCUCACAGGAUGGGAUGUCCGUGAGCAUCAACAGGAAAAAGAACAUGGUGAUCUCCUUUGGAGAUGGGGUUACCUUUGUGGUCAUCCUGCACCAGGUGUGGAAGAAACAUCCCUUCCACCAGGACUUUCUGGGCUUCUAUGUGGUAGACAGUCACCGGAUGUCAGCACAGACACAUGGACUGCUAGGACAAUUCUUCCACCCCAUUGACUUUAAAGUGUCUGACAUCCACUCGGGCUCGGACCCCACAAAGCCACAAGCCACAAUGGUAGUGAAGAACCAGCAGCUGACAGUCACCAGGGGCUCCCAGAAAGACUACAGGAAGGAUGUCAACAUAGGCACAAAGGUUGCCUGCUGGUUUGUCCACAACAAUGGGCAAGGACUGAUUGAUGGCGUUCACAGCGACUACAUUGUCCCUGACCUGUUCUGGGCAAGCCCUCUCCUGCCGAGAGCCCAGCUUGCCUGGCCUCUGGAACAGGGGCACAGAGCAGUGUCAAUGGGAGGACUGUGGCAAUAA